AUGGACCAAGAAAAGAAAGAAUCCGAACACGAAGAGAUGGAAGAAGAAGUUGUUGAAGAUGGAGAUUCUGUCAUAGAAGAAGAAGUGAUGGACGACGAUGUGGAAUAUGAGGAAGUGGAGGAGGAGCCUUAUGUAGAAGAAGAGUAUGUAGAAGAAGAGUAUGACGAAGACGGUGAAGGUACUUCAGAAAAUCCCAUUGCCAUUGAAGAGACAGCUACUGACGACGAUGGAGCCAAUGAAGAUGCAGACAACGCUGAUGGUGGAGACGAUGCACAAGAAGUGUCAUCGCAACAAGGUGAUGAAGAACAAGGCUUGAUACAAGAUAGUGACCAGGCACGGGACCUUGAUGAAAAGUUUGUGGCGCCAAGGAAUCCACCAAAGAGUUCCGGUCUCUACUGGAUCAUCUGCCUCUUGAUCCUUGCCUUGCUCGGAGGCAUGGCCGGUCUAGGUUAUGAACUCACCAAAGAAGAAGGCAAUAAAAGCAGGAGCAUAGACCUUUCCUCCACCACGCCCACAAAUCCCCCUACCAUUGCCACUGUAUCCAACUUUGAUGCCAUCCAAGGCAAUUGUGACAACUACGAGAGUCUGACCACUCCGCAUCCUUAUGAUCAGUGUGCCUGCGCAGAAUCGAUCAAUAAUAUCCCAGAUGACAUUGCAUCGCGAUACAACUAUCUCUUGUCAGCUUUUGUUGGCUCUCUAUACGGUGAAGGUGACUGGCUCGCGGAGGAUGCUUCUAGUUGUUUGCCUGAAAAUCAAGCUCUUGUUUGGUUGUCUACCGCUGAAAACAGCCUCUUUUCGGAAGCGGAGCAACAGGAGCGCUUCGCUCUGGCUACCUUCUUCUCUGCUACUCAAGGGAUGCAAUGGACUGACAAGCAAUCGUGGAUGUCCAGCUUCGACUCCUGUGCUUGGUUUGGAGUCGAAUGUGACGGCACAUCUGCAGCAGUAAUUAGCUUGGAAAACAACCGAAUGAAGGGAACGUUCCCACCAGAGAUGGGUCUUCUGUCAGGAUUGCGAGACGUCUAUCUCACAAGAAACGAACUUGAAGGUCCUAUUCCCGAGUCACUCUUCCUGAUCCCUGACAUUCAAAUGGUUGACUUCAGCUUCAACAAGUUGACUGGUCCCGUUCCGCCAACUGUUGGUGAUGCCAAGAAGCUCAUCCACUUGAACUUGGAGAGCAACUUUCUCAGCGGUCUCAUUUCCAAACGCAUUGGAGAGGCUGAACUCCUCGUCUUCCUCGAACUUGGAGGAAAUGAGUUGGAAGGCUCUGUACCUGUUGAGUUCUACCAAUUGUCGAGAUUGGAAAUGCUCGAUCUUAAGGGCAACCAGUUGACGGGAACCAUUUCCACCGAGAUUUCGAGACUCUUCAAGUUGACAAGUCUAGGCUUGGGUCCUAACGAGUUCACCGGCUCUAUCCCCACAGAGGUGGGUGACUUGCUACAAUUGACGAGUCUGACCAUUCGACGAGUGCCCUUCACCGGCAAGCUUCCCGAUGAGAUUGCUCAAAGGCUUACCAACUUGGUGGACUUGACCAUUGUUGACACUGGUGUCAACGGUUUGCUCGAUCCAGUCUACACCACCAUGACAAGUUUGACAUCGCUUGACUUGAGUAACAACAUGUUGCGAGGAGCAUUGCCACCGGAACUUGGAACCAUGACCAAAUUGGAAAAAUUGUUGCUCACGGGAAAUCUCUUUGAUCAGACGAUCCCAAGUCAGUUGGGACGAAUGAAAGCUUUGAAGGAUUUGAGAUUGAAUGAUAACCAAUUCGAAGGAAGUAUUCCAGUGCAACUGGGUGAUUUGUUAGCUUUGGAGGUUCUUACUUUGGACGAGAACAAUUUGGUUGAUCGAUUAGUGGGUGGUGUGUGUGAGCUUCGAAGCAAAAAGCUCACAACUUUGAUCGUGGACUGCGCAGCACAAGACGGACCACAGUUGACAGGAGUUAUCUGUGCCGUUCCCGACUGCUGCACUACAUGCUUGUAA